AUGGACUCCACGCCUGUGAAUUGGGAGGCUCUGGACGCCCUAGUCAUUGAUUUCGCUAAAUCUGAGAACUUAAUCGAAGAACCGGCGCUUUCUCCGUGCUCGCCGUCGUCGUCUCCUUCGUCUUCUUCACCUUCCUCUUCGUCGUACCAGUUGCGACUGCUGAUUUUACAAGUCAGACGGUCACUAGAGCUCGGCGACAUUGACGCCGCCUUGGAUCUCCUACAAGUCCAUGCUCCCUCUGUCCUCGACGAUCACCGGCUCCUUUUCCGGUUGCACAAGCAGAAAUUCAUUGAGUUAUUGAGAAGAGGAACUGCAGAGGAUCGCGAUUCUGCAAUUAAUUGCUUGCGGACAGCGCUUGCGCCUUGCGCCCUUGAUGCCUAUCCGGAAGCAUAUGAGGAAUUUAAGCAUGUUCUUCUAGCCUUCAUCUUUGACAAAGAUGACCAGACUUCUCCAGUGGCAAAUGAGGAAGAUCUUCUGACUCCUGUCUGUAGCCCAUAUGUGUUUGCACUCCAUCAUCUGCCCCCAACGCUGGCUGUAAUUAUUGAUUUUCAUGAGUUCUGA